AGUACACUGCCACUACCGCCUGUUCCGCUGCUACUACAUAUGACCUUUGAUGACAUCCCUCUCGAACUACUGCCUAUAAUCUUUGAUUCCAUAGUCAGAGCCCAACAUCUUGCAUUCUUAUGUUUGGUCAAUAAGUCAUUUAACGAGUUUGCCAUCCAAAGGCUUUACCGGCGCGUUUACAUAUACGCAUGGCAUACAAAGGCCAAGUCAAAGGUCGUUCUGCUGUUUCAGACACUUUCAAAUUGUCCUCGUCUUGCACGUUACGUUUCACGUCUCGAGAUAAGAGCCUUCCCAAAGGCACUCCCUUCUUCGUCCUACAGCGACCUCCUAGAUAUUUGCACAAGAGGAAUACGGAAUUGUGUCAACCUGAGAUCGUGUGCCUGGACUCGAGAUGGCUCGUUGGAAUCGGCGAUUCUCUUGGCUCUCCAGCAAUGCCCCCAACUUGAAGAACUCGAGAUCAACGGAAAGGACAACGGAUAUUAUGAUCCUAACAUACUUACACGAUUCUCCAAACUGUCUAGAAUAUCACUCAUAAUGCCGAGCGCGCAAGUUAUUGAAAUUCUUCCCUCCUGGAUAUCCGCUACAGGUCCAACCCUUCGUAACCUUACUAUGAUCUGUCAGACAUCGAGUCUAAUCACCGAUACCUUACUGGAAUCUCUCGCUCCUAGCAUGACCGAACUGGAUCAAUUAUCAAUUAUUGGAUGUCCAAAGGUGACACACAGAGGCAUUGGUGAAAUUGUAUCAACCAAUCAUAAUGGCCUCACCAGUAUCGGACUCGAGAGGCUUUCCCCAGCAUUUGGUAUGACCAGCUUCAACCGCAUCUGCAAGGAGCACCAGGCGUUUAGGCGUCUCAGAUCAAUCACCUUGGCGGUUCAUAUUGAGACACCCUUUCAGACAUGGACGGAUGACGUAACGGAACUGCUAUCCACUGCGCCAUUAGAAAUAUUACAAGUUUAUGCUACGACGCCAACCGCUAAAGUGGUUGUCCCGGACAAUUUUUGGAAAACCAUUGUCACGAUGCAUGGGUCGCGCCUCAAGCGAUUUUCUAUUGACCGGAUGACAAUUAGUUUGGGUGCAUUACACGACAUAUGUUCUCGAUGCUCCGUUUUAGAGCAACUGUUUGUCGUCACCACGCGGCACAAUUUGGAUGAUGUGUCCAGUUGUUUUGCUGCUGCUCGUAACCUCCGCGCGAUUCAUGUCAACUUUUAUCGUGAAGCGGAUGAAACAGAAGAGCGGUCCAUGAUGAAUGAUGCUUUGCGUAUCGUCCGACAAUGCCCUGCAACAGUGACGCAGAUUGGAUGCGAUACAAGGGUUUGGAAUGUACGACGCGAGGUGCGGAUGAACGACAAGGCUGAAUUAUACACCGUACCUACCCUCACUCGUUAUGAGAAUCCGGAUAUACCGGAACAAUUUCUUGUCGCCCGAGGGGCGUAAAUAAACUGCCUAUGUGUUCACCUACCAGAUGAAAAGGAUGCUCAUGAACUACUUUGAAUUUAACAUUGGUAUACAAAUA